CACUGCGAACCCUGGCUAGGUCUGAAAUCAUGGCCCUAGCUUCAUGGACUAGGCUUGCUCAGCUUCAGGAGACAUUUUAAUUUGCGAGCGUGCUGCAUUCCUUCUUUUCAAAUAGCAAAAUUCAGGGGUCGAUCAACACAUAUGCACAUGUUCAGGUGCUGCAUUCAUUUCCGCGUAUGCGCAGAGGGAUUUUGAAGCUGCUUGAUUGGUUCAAUGACUCGGUGAAAGUGAAGCUGCGUAGCUAUUCUAGGAAGUGCCACGUAUGCAAGUUUCCAGCACCUCAGUUGCGAGUGCAAGCUUAAAAGGCGGCGAAUAUCCACUGUCAUCCAACUCAGGUCAUUCCAGCACACAAUGCUUUCGUCGCCAUCUGCAACCGCAAUCUUCUGGGCCCUCCUUCUGCUGUUGACCAACAUCUUGCCAGGUUCCCCGGCAGACGCGCACGGAUGUCGGCAACUCCAAGUCACUAAAUGGCGUAGUGACAGCAUCUCCGACAUACGCAACCAUCACGAUCCCAAAGAGGUGCUCCCCAAUUCUGACCUGAAACUUUGUCGGGCGAGAGCGUGGUCUUCUCAGGACAGAGACCAAGCUAGCCGUGCAUUACUCAAUGACUUCAAGGAAGAAUCGGCUACGAACUCGGAUCAGUGUCUCAACUUGAAGUGUGCCACUUGCGUGCCGACAGUGAAUCCUGUUGGAACCAGAUCAGGUUCCGGCGAUGCUGAGUACCCAGUCUUUGAUGAGCUCAACCAUCGAUGUUGGAUCCCAAUGGCUAGCAUUCAGCUUUGGCGCUGUCAUACAUCGGACGACGUUAAGUUUGUUCUCAAGAACGGUACGACCCAAAAUUGCAAAUUCGACAACGUUGUCAAUCGCCUCAAAGACACAUAUGACGCCGUGAUGGUUGAUGAGUUUCUGAUGAAGCGGCAAAAGUUUUCUGACCGGGACAUAUUGCGCACGAUAAGGACGGAAAAAAAUCCUGCCUCGACGAUAGGCAUAAACAAAGACGUCAAGUGCAAGUAAAUGCAUCACUGCAGCUUGCUGUGUUUUUCUUUCUGCUCAAUGAUCGGUCUUAGCAGAGAGUUAUAUUUAAUAAGUGUCUUUUUGUCUAUGCGCAUGCCGAGUACAAAAGAGGAAUGAGGGCUCGAUGUGUUGCAGUUUGCGGUGCUGACAAUGUCUUGAUUGCGUUUUGUAUCAUACAGGAACCUCAGUGG